CCAGGCUUUCUCAUGUGCAUAUAUAUGUUGCCAUUCUUCAAAAAAUUUCUUAGCAGCAUCAUUUGCGCUUAACCACCUGCUGAGAUGCGAAGCACACAAUGGGCCAUGCGCCUUGCUUGAAGUGAUCUUCUAUCUUUGCCCUCUAUUUCCUUUUCAUUCAAAGGAGCCUUUCCAUUCUUUCUUUGAACAACUUGUGCUCAUCCUUUCCAGAGUAAACUAGAGCAAAGGCACACCUUCACUCCAACCCUCAAGCAAGUUCCUUAAAUCACCUGCAUUCCAUCUUUUUACGCUUCCCUUACAUCAUUUGCCUUUGAUGCUCACUCCCCCCUAUGUUUUGCCCUUAUCUCUACUUCAAUUGUGCCCUUAUGCUUCUGGCUCUAGCCUCGAUACUUGUUCAUCUGUCAAUUCGCCAGGAAACCCCUUACACACGCCUUUGCUCGCAUCCUCCAAGGGUAUCAGACUCAAGCCCGAGGCCCGCUUCGAAUCUUCGUUGCCUCAACGACCGGAAACGUCCGAAUCCGUUUUCGAUCUAAAUGGGCACUCAAGGAGUGCCCAUCUCUGCCAGCCCUCUGGCUGCACUUACAUACAUCAGGCCAACCCGAGGUAGCCCCGGAAUUCUAGGUAUUGCAGACUUCGGUUUGGAAGUCGUACAAAAUCCAGUCUGCGCAUUUAUUGGCGAAGAUGGAGAGCCGGUUCUCCUCCAACGAUUUCCCAUCGUCAAGUUCAAGAAUCCUCUCAAGCUGGUUUACCCGCAAGAGGGCCACUUGUUUGUGCACUGCACUCUCCACCUCCCGGACGGCACGGGUCCCCUCGCUGACCAUAUGAACGGAACGACAAUCGUACCGUUCCAGCGGCUCAAAGGCCUAGAUGACGUCCGCGAUAGCUAUUUCAUCUUCUCAAACCUGUCCUUCAAUGUUCCAGGAAGAUACAAGCUCAAGUACUCCCUACUCGAGGUCGCUGAAGGGCGCGUUUCCCACUUUGCGGAAGGGGAAUCGGCUGUUUUCCCGGUCUAUGGCCAAAAUACCGCACGUAUUCUACCGCUUCCAACACCGCUUCAGCUUAAACUCGUUGAAGACGAUGAGUAUAGAACCUUCUUUCCCCAUAACGACACUGAGGAGGCAUAUACAUCACCACCUGGACUCUAUAGGGCCAACUCCGUGGUGCUACUGGAUGCCCCAAUCGCCCAUAUCCUCAAUGGCUGGAAGAUCAUCCCGCGCGUGGAACGAUUCGAUGUGCACGGUAACCGACAAGUGUGGGUAGCUUUAGAGCCAGGGACGGAAUAG